AUGCAAGUCGGAAAGAAUCUUUAUGACUUCCUGGAACUUGCGAGCCAUGGCAGUUUCGGUGAGUACUUUUGGAUCGACGCGCUUUGUAUCAAUCAAAGCGAUGAUGUCGAGAAGAGUCUGCAGGUACAGCGGAUGGGAGAUCUCUACAAGAACGCCAAAGAGGUUCUCGUGUGGCUUGGUGAUGGCAAAGAGAAUCGUAUCCGAGACCUUUUUUUGCAGAUGGAGCGUGCAAUUGCCGUCUCGGAGAAGACUCGCUAUGUGAAGAGGAAAGGUCUCCUAGGUGUUGGGCCGACUGGUUUGAGAAGAUAUGGUGACGUAUGGGUUGCGCUGGACACGGCAUCAGCUGUUGGCUCCAACGACGGGUGCUUCAAGGACAGGAAUGAUCUCUUCGAUAUCUGUACGACUGAUUUGGCAAAUCACCCUUACUGGAACCGCGCCUGGACUGUUCAGGAGCUAUUGUCGGUCCGGAGUCCGCAACGCAUCUUCGUUUGUAGCGUGGCAAAAACGCGCGCUUUGGAAGAGCUACUGCAUCACUGUCAGGAUGAUCCACGGUUGAGGAGGAUUCAGAUGCUACUGAAAGGGACCUACUUCCGCCACGGUUCAGCGAUACCCUUCUGGUUCAUCUUCUACCAGCUCGGUCGCACGCUGGAAUGCCGCGAUCCUCGAGAUCGCAUCUACAGUCUACUCUUUGGAGUGCUUCCCUACUCCAAGCAGAUGGAGCUAUGGUUUGACAAGGAUGGGAUUGAGAGUAGGAUAACCAAUUGGAAAGACGCCAAUCGGUACGCUGGUCUAUGCCGAAGCGACAUUAAGUCCAACGACGAUGAAAACAAGGACGACGGAAUCAUGGACUCGUGGAAGUUGAGACCACAUUUCACCCUCAAGAUGACUCACGAGUACCCGAUCGCAUGCGUGGAUUUCAUGGAAUCUCAGGGAGAAGAGGCUAUUAGGAAGAGUCUCCAGAGUCUUGAAAUUGGGUUUAGGAAAUAUGGCGAUAACAAGAAGUAUAGCGAUGACAGCAUCCGCGGGAUGUUGUCGGCCACAGCGGACUUCGGCACAACCUCGUAG